UGUGUGUGUGUGUGUACGAUUUAGAGGAAAUUAAAGCACCGUUUACUGUAAUCUGUAUAACGUCAGCCCCUGCUGUGUGUGUGUUGAAAACACCCAAGGUGUUGUCAUCCUUGCCUGAAGCCUUCUCUGGUCAAUUUUCUGGAAUUUGCCUUCAUGCUGCAGCAAUAAGCAAUACUCGUCAUCUGUCAGGGAGACUCGUCUAAUUUGGUCACAAGGGUUGAAAUAUACAGUCUGAUCUUUCAGGACGGCAUCGAGUCUGUUUUUAUCUUUUUCUCAAGACUCACUUUGAGAGUGUCAGGUUUCCUGUGAGGCCUAGAGGUCUGGAAGAAGUGGAGAACAGUUAGUGUAUGCCUGCCUGCACCAUGAUGGCCUCUGACAUGGCUGAGACGUGGAGGAACUGUUUUGAGGAGGAGCUCAUCUGCCCCAUCUGCCUGCACGUGUUCUCAGAUCCCAUCCAGCUGCCCUGCAAGCACAACUUCUGCCGGGGCUGCAUCAGCGAGGCCUGGGCCAAAGACUCCUCGCUGGCCCGCUGCCCUGAGUGCAAUCAUGCUUACACGCAGAAGCCCAGCCUGGAGAAGAACCACAAACUCUCCAACAUAGUCGAGAAGUACAACGCCCUGAGUGUGGAGAAGGCUACCACGCCGGCGCUGCAGUGCAUCCUCUGCCGCCGAGGCCCACCACUCCCCGCAGUGAAAGUCUGCCUGCGCUGCAACGCCCCAUGCUGCCAGUCCCACGUUCAGACACACCUGCAGCAGCCGUGCUCAGCCCUGGGGCACCUGUUGGUAGAGGCGGAGGCGGUGAAGGCCUGGACCUGCCCGCAGCAUGACGAGUACAGGCUGUAUCACUGUGAGGCCGAGCAGACAGCGGUGUGUCAGUACUGCUGCUUCGCCCGCUGCCACCCCAGCCACGGCCACGCGGUCACUGAUGUGGAGCUGAGACGCAACGACAUUCGACAAAGCCUGUUGAGACAGCAGGAGCGCGUGGAGGAACGAGUGCAGGAGAUCGAAGAACAGCUCUGCAAACUUGACUCUGACAAGUGUGUGGUGGAGGACAGGGUGUGUGAGCUGAAAGAGGAGGUGCGCCUGCAGUACCAGCGGAUGCACCAGCUCCUGGAGGAGGAUCUCGGUCGGACACUGGAGGCUCUGGACCGGGCUCAGGCUCGGUUCUGCCAGGAUAACGCUGCCCAGGUUUUGGCUCUGGGAGAGCAGCGCCACGAGGCUCAGAAGCUGCUGAGCUCCAUCCACACGGCCUUCAGUAAGGCAGAGGAACUGAGCUUCAUGAAAAACACAAAACCUGUUAAAAUCCUCACAGACAGGUCUCAGGCAUGUGUGGGCAGCAGUCUCCCUCCUUACAAAGUCGGGAAUCUAAAUUCUAAACUAUUCCUUUCCGAAAUCUCAAAAAGAGAGAAGAGCUUGAAGAGAACGCUGGAAGCUCCCCUCACCCCUCCCUCGACCUUCCUGCAGUCUGUUCCUGCGUAUCCCAGCGGUCAGAGCUCUGGCUCUGGAGCAGAGAAACGGAAACAUUCCACUGCCUUUCCAGAGGGAAACGGGAGCGUCGGAAAAACCGCCGCUCCAGGUUUCAAGGACUCCUCCUCCUCUUCGUCAUCUUCUUCCUCAUCUUUAGCUAAGCAGCCCUACCUGGGCUCUGGCUCGGCCUCCGGAGAAGGCCAGUCCACCAAUCAGCAGCCGCUAGGCCCCUGCGGCCCGCCUCACAUCAGCGAGAGCGGCGGGACAGGAAGCGGAAGCGGCUCGCUGACUAACCAUCAUUCAGGCUCCGUGUUCAGCUCCUCGCACUUUGCUCCUGGAGGCAGCAGCUCCUCGCACUCCUCCCAGCAGGCCGUGCUGCCUCAAUACGGCGGCCGGAAGAUCCUGGUGUGUACGAUGGAUAACUGCUACUGCUCCGGAGUGCCCUCGGUGUCGGGCCACCGCAGCCAUCCCCCGUACCCACGCUCGGGCUCCUUCCCCUGGGUCAGCGCCCAAGACUACCCCCCUCCCCCCGGUCUGGCCUCUGGAGGUCCGUCCAUGCAGGGCUUGGCAGUGAGGGACUGGAUAGACGCCUCACAGACACACAGACAUGCAGAUUUCUACGGGCUGUAUGGGCAGCCCUCUACAAAGCACUACGUCACCAGCUAACAGAGUAGAGACACACACACAUACACGCACACACACAUACACGCACACACACACACACUUGGAUAUAGAGACAGGCACCAAAAUAGCACACCUUUACUGACUUAUCAACUGGAAAAAACACAAUGCAGUUAUACUAUACACACAUUAAAAUAAAUGUUUAUAUCCAAACACAGACCUAGAGCAUGUACACACAUUCGGGGGCAGGGUUGAUCUCUUUGUGUUUUUAUUUUCUUCCUCUCUUUAUUUUCAGUCAGUGUUUCAUGUAGUGUAUUAUACGUAAAAUGCAUAAACAGCCAACCGCUCACUCUGGCACAACUCAGCUCAGCAUUUUACACUCAAACAAGAAAUAAGAGAGGCGCAAGAGGAGAGAAUGAGAUGCAUCUUUUUAUUUAUAGAGCAGAAGAUGGAUUGAGAGAAAAUGAACUUUUAAUAGAAAAUCUUCUCAUGCCUUCGUGGCUUCUCACUGAGGCUGAACGGAAAACAGAUAAUACCGUGCAGUGUUGAGCUUUCCAGUUUAGCACCUCAUGUUUCUCUGAUAUAAUCACCCCUCCAGUUGUACUGAGGUCAGUUGCCUUAUGUUGUUAGCAUCAUAUUUUUUCUCUGCCCAGCUGACUUAGUUUGAUAGAUCCUUUAAAGAGGGGCCGCGGUCCCUUCAUGUCUCUUGAUUUUUAUCAUCAUGGCAUUUCUUCCUUUCUUUGCUGAGUUCAGGGAUGGAUCGUACGGCUUGAACACAAAACGCUCUUCCAUGGAACACCCACAAUGCACUUGUGGACGCCUUGUUAUGCCUGGACUACAGAUGCUUACCCACAGAGGGACACUAGAGCUGCGUCUGAAGGGCUGGUUGACCCAGGCCCUCCGAGUUUUCUGGGAAUUCGCCCCUUAUUCCUAGCACUCCUUUACUGCUGCCAGGCUUCCCACAGGACAGAAAAUCUUCUGACAAAGACUGUUUCCAUUUAUUAAUUACUAUGACUUUGUGUUAUUUGGUACAACCGUAGGUUUCAUGAUUGUCUAGAGAGACUCUGAUUAUGGAGAAAAAGACAAGACUGGACAGACCAAACCAAUCAAGCAUCUGGAGGAUCUGAUGAUGCUGUAAUUGUACUUCCUGCAGGGCAAAGAUGUCACUUCCUCUCAAUAAGCACACAAGCUCUUGGCUUCCUGUUUGCAGCUGAAAGCAUGCAAGGAAGAGUUUUUUUUUGUUUGUUUUUUUUAAGCACUCAAAAAGAAGAACAAUGGUGGAAAAAAAAACUGUAUGCAGUUUUAAAAUGAGUGUAUGAAAGAAAAGAAGGGUGGGAGGAAUUUUUUUCAUGAACUUUUUCUAAAAGAACGAGACUGGACUGCGAGAUGUAAGCAAUGGUUCGUCAUCCUAAAAAGGAGCUGUUACAACAGUCAACAUAAAGAGAAAAAAAACAACAUAAAAGUAUCUUUUUUGUAAAUAUUUUGUGAAAUGGAAAAAUUACAGACGUGAUUUGGAGAAGGGUUCCAAAUAAACAAACAAAUUUA